GAGGCGGCGAAAGAAGAGGUGGGGGCAUGGGGAAAGAAUGAUGGUUAAAGCUUGAGAGUGAGUGUGUAGGAGCCGAAUCCCUGAUUUUAUGACAUAAAAUCCUGCGUCUUCGCAGAUGAAUACAGAGGAAGGGACCAACCCUGCAUGUUAACUGACUCCUGCUGUUACUGACCUCUUUAGGCGGCCAUGUGCAGUGAAGGAGAACUGUCCAGUCAAUACAGAGUUGGAAUCACAGGAGUUGCUGAGCAGACCUCAGGCUCUAAGACUCUCUCAAAACGAGAUUACCUAGUUGAUGCAGCAAAGCAGUUGCACGUGGCUCUUGAGAGGGAUGUCAAUGAGGAGUACGAGGCAGCUUUUAGCCAUUAUAAGCAUGGAGUAGAACUGCUGCUCAGCGGAGUCACAGUUGAUCCAAGCAGGGAACGACGUGAUGCUGUAAAACGCAAAAUCUCACAAUAUUUAAAACGUGCUGAAGAAAUAUUUAAUUGCCACUUGCAACGGCCCGUGGGAAAUAUCUGUGGUGCAACAGAGGGUUACAGCAGUCUCAGAUUUCGACCUAUCAGAGCCUUGAGUGCUGCAGUUGAAAACUUGAAGCACUACAGAGUCCUAAAGAUCCUUGGCAAGGUGCAGCUGGUUCAUGAUCCGUGCUCAGAAGCCACUUUUGUGCUUAAGUCUUUAAUAAAGUCUGGUCGAUCUGGACACGGAGCAGUUACUAUUAUUCCUCAGUGUGUCCCCUUCAUGGUCCAACUUCAGAGAUUUUACGUCAGCGAUGAUUCUUUGCACCUUCAGUUGCAGUACAUCCCAGGAGGCUGUCUGUGGGACCAGCUCAGGAAAUAUCAGACCAAUGGACAAAGUACAGACUUCCGACAAACUAGUAUUUUGCCUACUUCAGGCCCUACCCAACCCCUGGGCCCUGAUAAUGACUGUCAGUCAUUGGCCACACUUGUUCAGAGUCCAACAGGUCAUCUGACAGAGUUAUGUAACCCCAGACCCAGUAACUCCAAUGGAUUGUGCAGUGGGUCAUCUGGAUGCAUCUCAGAAUCACAAGUCAGAUUGUGGGGAGCACAGCUUAUUCUGGCUCUGGAGACUCUUCACCAGGAAGGUGUGCUAUGCAGAGACUUGAAUCCCCGCAACCUUUUAUUGGAAGACAAUGGUGAUGUUUACCUGACUUACUUUGGGCAGUGGCGUGAAGUGGAGAAUUCCUAUUGCCCUGAGGCAGCUGAGCAUCUCUAUGUAGCUCCAGAGGUCCUGGGAGUGGGCACUGUGAAUGAAGCCUGUGAUUGGUGGAGUCUGGGAGUCCUGCUGUAUGAGAUGCUAACUGGACAGUCUCUCUUUGACAGUUUAACUUCCGGAGUUAAUGCUUACAUGCAGGUUCCUUUUCCGGAUACUCUCUCUUCUGCUGCCAUUUCUCUGCUCACUGAGCUCUUGUGCUAUGAUCCUGGUAGGCGCCUUGGUUCUGGUCCUGGGGGAGUCCAGAAGAUAAAGACUCAUCCUUUCUUCCAUGGAGUCCAGUGGAACAAACUAGUGUGAAAUACUGAAACUACAUAUCAAAAGUGAAAUGCACUUCCACAAACAACAAUGACAUGAAGCCAUGACACAACAUCAUGUGAAAUACUACAAUUGCACAGACAUGCAUGGGUUAAGGUGUGCAUAUGGCUCACUAUGUGGUCACACAAUCCUACACCAAACUGGAAGCAAGCUCACAGGAGUAUCAUAUUGUUCACUCAGUAUCAAAUCUCUGUUUUUGUGCAUGGGAAGGCUAACUGCCAGUUGUUUAUGUAUAUAACACAUUGAUUUCUGAGACAUGUAACACCCGUUUGUUUAAUGAAUAAAUGGCCAUUUGGAAACUC